AUGUCCGAAUUGAAAAGAUUCACGCGUAAAGAAAUCCUAAACCGAAACACGAAGCAGGAUGCAGUGUUUAUCAUAGAGAAUGAAGUGUAUGAUGUCACACCAUUUUUAGACGAUCAUCCCGGAGGACAUGAGGUAUUGUUAAAUGUAGCCGGCAAAGACGCCAGUGAGGACUUUGAUGAUGUAGGUCACAGUAGUGAUGCUAAACAUAUGAUGAAGAAAUAUAAAAUUGGUGAACUCGUCGACGAAGACAAGAUCGAAUUUAAAAGACGUCAAUACAGCUGGGAGGAAUAUAAUAAAGAAAAUUCCAGUGGCAGUUUUGUAAGCUCGUGGAAGUUCCCUGUAGUUCUUGGUUUGCUGAUGACUGUACUAUAUACGUAUUUGUUCGGAUACCAAUAA